AUGGAAGGACCCUCCCAACUUCUUCGUUAUAUGAAAAGCCGACUCGGCAAAAUACCAUGGCUGACUCCUAUUAAAAAGCUUGUGGCUGGACCGUCUCCCCACCACCAUAACCCAAAUUUUGGCGCCAAUGUCCGAAAACACUCGAUCGAUCAAUUAGCGGACGCCGCGGAUCGUAUUUUCUCGCAACUGGAUAAUCAGACAACGCCGGUACACAGUGCUGAAGCGACUGGAGACCACAGGUCCUUGAAAAAACAGUCGAGGAAUUGCAGCGCCAAGACUUACGCCUUAAAAUGGCAAACUUAUGCUAUACACCACCGCGGCACUGCCCGAGUGAUAUCUAUUUACCGCACCAGCUCAAGGACUGCGAAUUUGUAUUUGUACAAAACCGUCGUCUCAUACUACUUCCCAAUCAACUCCGCAAGUUCAGGAGAAUUUCAAGACACCUGUCUCUCGACAAACCGAAUCGGCCCUGUUGUCUUUCUUUUACUUCGUCACUUUAACGAAACGUGUUGCUUCACUGUUGGUGAUGUGUUAAGCAGGCGGCUAUCUUUAUUAAAGGGCCACCAUGUUACAAUUCAAUUGUUGCGGUUAAAUCACAGACAAAAAAGGCGUUAUGUGCGUGGAAAAUUGAAGAGAGAGUGUGACGACGGCGAUGAAAGCGAUUGGUCUGCUCGUUUUUCUUUCUUUCUCUCUCUCUCUCUCUCUCUCUCUCUCUAUCUAUCUAUCUCUCUAUCUAUCUAG